AUGGCAGACAAGCCAAACAUGGGGGAAAUUGCCAGCUUUGAUAAGGCCAAGCUGAAAAAAAAAAAAAAAAAAACCAAGACGCAGGAGAAGAAAACCCUGCUGACCAAAGAGACCAUUGAUCAGGAAAAGAAGAGUGGCCUAGGAGGAUUUCCCCACCCCACCCCACCCAUCAUCUCCAAGACCCUUGGUGAUGCAUAG